AUGGUAGAUUUAAAAAAAAGAGCCUUUUGGCAUUUUACAUUUAAAGACAUAUUAGCUAUUAUAUGCUCAGCUGCCAUACCCAUAGCUCUUGCUACUUAUACUGCAAUUGGGUCUCAUCAACAAAAACAAGAAGCUGAAAAAACACGACAGUUUGAUUUGGAACAAUCAAGAGAAUUAAGACAACAAACACUUUAUGAUGAAUUCAUAAAUAACAUUUUUAAAUUGGAUAAUUAUGGUUAUCUGAAGGAGAGAAAAAAUCCAUGGGCAUUUGCCAAUGCAUAUUAUCGUGCUGCUCAUCGCCAAUGGGAUACAAUACGGAAAGCAGAUGUUUUACAAUUUCUUAAAGAAAAACAUUUAAUUGGUAGAAAUAAUUGUACUGAUGGAUGUAAAACAACAGAAUUAGACGAUAUAAUUCGUUUGAAUAAGUUAAACUUUGAUAAUGCAUAUCUAGCAAGUGAAACUGGUGUCUUACAUCAACUGGAUUUAGAAUGUGUUGCUUUUGAUCAGAUAUCAAUGUCAAAUGCAGUAUUUUCCUCUGUUAAUUUAAAUGGUGUAUCAUUUGAUGGAGCACAGUUAGAUAAGGUGAAAUUUAAUAGUUCAUCUUUACUUUGUGCUAGUUUUAAUGGUGUAAAUUUGUCGGGAGCAGAUUUUGGAAACUCAGAUCUGACAGGUGCAAAGUUUUUAAACAGUGAUUUGUCAGGAGCUAAAAUAACGGAAGAUCAAAUAAACCAGGCAUCGUUUGAUAAUGUAAUUAUGCCAACCGGAGAAAAGAGUGAAAUUA